AUGAGGAGGGAAAAUCAGAGCAGCGUGUCCAAGUUCCUCCUCCUGGGGCUCCCCAUCCGGCCAGAGCAGCAGGGCGCGUUCUUCACCCUGUUCCUGGGCAUGUACCUGACCACAGUGCUGGGCAACCUGCUCAUCAUCCUGCUCAUCAGGCUGGACGCUCGCCUCCACACCCCCAUGUACUUCUUCCUCAGCCACUUGGCCCUCACUGAUGUCUCCUUUUCAUCUGUCACUGUCCCUAAGAUGCUGAUAAACAUGCAUACUCGGGAUCAAUCAAUCCCCUAUGCAGGGUGUGUGACACAGAUGUAUUUUUUCAUAUUUUUUGGUUGUGUUGAUAAUCUUCUUCUUGCAGUGAUGGCCUACGACCGGUACGUGGCCAUCUGUCACCCUCUCCACUACACCACCAUCAUGCGAGGAAACCUGUGUAUUUCACUGGUGGCUGUGUCCUGGAUCUUCUCCUGUAGCAGUGCAAUGUCCCACACGCUCAGCCUGGCCCGGCUGUCCUUCUGUGCUGAUAACACAAUCCCUCAUUUCUUUUGUGAUCUUGCUGCCCUGCUUAAGCUCUCCUGCUCAGACACCUCCCUCAAUGAGUUGGUCAUCUUCACUGUGGGGGCACUGGGAAUCAUCAUACCACUCACUGGCAUCCUAGUGUCUUAUGUCCGCAUUGGGGUCUCCAUUCUGAGGGUCCCCUCGACCAAAGGGAUUUACAAAGCCUUGUCCACCUGCGGCUCCCACCUCUCUGUGGUUUUCCUAUUCUAUGGGACAAUUAUGGUUCUGUACAUUUUCCCACCAUCAAACAACUCCAGUGACAAAGACAUGAUUGCUUCAGUGAUGUACACAGUGGUCACUCCCAUGCUGAACCCUUUCAUCUACAGUCUGAGGAACAGGGACAUGAAGGGGGCUCUCGGGAGACUUUCCAGGAGGGAGAUCUUCUUCUCUAAGUAA